AUGUUCUUUGCUAACAGUUCUUUUUCUCCUUUUACUACAUUCUUUUUUACUCGCUCUUUGGUGGAGGCUGCUCCGUUCGUUAAGUGCCCCUCUUCUCUUUUUUUUGGACCAAUCGUAAAUACGAAUUCUCAGUUCUUGUUCACGCUUCUUUUAUUUUGCCGACUCGAUUUGGAUUUCCACCCUUUCGUUAUUUUCUUUGCUUCUUUCUCUUUGACUUUUCCCCCUUUUCAAGCUAUCAAUUUUUAUACUUUUCAACGUGCCACCCGGUGUAUUUUCUACCUCUUCUUUAUCUGUUCUUUAUUGAUCUAUUCCAUUCUAUUUCUAUCUAUCUAUCUAUCUAUCUAUCUAUCUAUCUAUCUAUCUAUCUAUCUAUCUAUCUAUCUGUCUGAUCACUGUGCCUUUUUCACCUGUUCUCUCAAGGAUCCCUGUGCCUUUUUCACUUGUUCUCUCAAGGAUCCCUGUGCCUUUUUCACCUGUUCUCCCAGGGAUCACUGUGCCUUUUUAACCUGUUCUCUCAAGGAUCACUGUGCCCUUUUCACCUGUUCUCUCAAGGAUCACUGUGCCUUUUUCACCUGUUCUCUCAAUGAUUACUGUGCCUUUUUCAUCUGUUCUCCCAGGGAUCACUGUGCCUUUUUUUCACCUGUUCUCUCAAGAAUCACUGUGCCUUCUUCACCUGUUCUCUCAGGGAUCACUGUGUCUUUUCAUCUGUUCUCUCAGGGAUCACUGAUCACUGUGCCUUUUUCACCUGUUCUCUCAGGGAUCAUCACUGUGCCUUUUUCACCUGUUCUCUCAGGGAUCACUGUGCCUUUUUCACCUGUUCUCUCAAGGAUCCCUGUGCCUUUUUCACCUGUUCUCUCAAUGAUUACUGUGCCUUUUUCAUCUGUUCUCCCAGGGAUCACUGUGCCUUUUCACCUGUUCUCUCAAGAAUCACUGUGCCUUCUUCACCUGUUCUCUCAGGGAUCACUGUGUCUUUUUCAUCUGUUCUCUCAGGGAUCACUGUGCAUUUUUAACCUGUUCUCUCAGGGAUCACUGUGCCUUUUUCACCUGUUCUCUCAAGGAUCACUGUGCCUUUUUCACCUGUUCUCUCAGGGAUCACUGUGCCUUUUUCACCUGUUCUCUCAGGGAUCACUGUGCCUUUUUCACCUGUUCUCUCAAGGAUCCCUGUGCCUUUUUCACCUGUUCUCUCAAGAAUCACUGUGCCUUUUUCACCUAUUCUCCCAGGGAUCACUGAGCCUUUUUAACCUGUUCUCUCAAGGAUCACUGUGCCUUUUUCACCUGGAUCACUGUGUCUUUUCACCUGUUCUCUCAAUGAUCACUGUGCCUUUUUCACCUGUUCUCUCAAUGAUCACUGUGCCUUUUUCAUCUGUUCUCCCAGGGAUCACUGUGCCUUUUCACCUGUUCUCUCAAGAAUCACUGUGCCUUUUUCACCUGUUCUCUCAGGGAUCACUGUGUCUUUUUCACCUGUGGGAUCACUCUUUUCACCUGUUCUCUCAAGGAUCACUGUGCCUUUUCACCUGUUCUCUCAUGGAUCACUGUGCCUUUUUCACCUGUUCUCUCAGGGAUCACUGUGCCUUUUUCACCUGUUCUCUCAGGGAUCACUAUGCAUUUUCACCUGUUCCUUCAAGGAUCACUGUGCCUUUUCACCUGUUCUCUCAGGGAUCACUGUGCCUUUUUUCACCUGUUCUCUCAGGGAUCACUGUGCCUUUUUCACCUGUUCUCUCAAUGAUCACUGUGCCUUUUUCAUCUGUUCUCCCAGGGAUCACUGUGCCUUUUCACCUGUUCUCUCAAGAAUCACUGUGCCUUCUUCACCUGUUCUCUCAGGGAUCACUGUGUCUUUUUCACCUGUUCUCUCAGGGAUCACUGUGCCUUUUUCACCUGUUCUCUCAGGGAUCACUGUGCCUUUUUCACCUGUUCUCUCAGGGAUCACUGUGCAUUUUCACCUGUUGUCUCAAGGACCACUGUGCCUUUUUCACCUGUUCUCUCAAGUAUCCCUGUGCCUUUUUCACCUGUUCUCCCAAGGAUCACUGUGCCUUUUUAACCUGUUCUCUCAAGGAUCACUGUGCCUUUUUCACCUGUUCUCUCAAUGAUCACUGUGCCUUUUUCAUCUGUUCUCCCAGGGAUCACUGUGCCUUUUUCACUUGUUCUCUCAAGGAUCACUGUGCCUUUUUCACCUGUUCUCGCAAUGAUCACUCUGCCUUUUUCAUCUGUUCUCCCAGGGAUCACUGUGUCUUUUCACCUGUUCUCUCAAUGAUCACUGUGCCUUUUUCACCUGUUCUCUCAAUGAUCACUGUGCCUUUUUCAUCUGUUCUCCCAGGGAUCACUGUGCCUUUUUCACCUGUUCUCUCAAGGAUCACUGUGCCUUUUUCACCUGUUCUCUCAAUGAUCACUGUGCCUUUUUCAUCUGUUUUCCCAGGGAUCACUGUGUCUUUUCACCUGUUCUCUCAAGAAUCACUGUGCCUUUUUCACCUGGAUCACUGUGUCUUUUCACCUGUUCUCUCAAGGAUCACUGUGCCUUUUUCACCUGUUCUCUCAAUGAUCACUGUGCCUUUUUCAUCUGCUCUCCCAGGGAUCACUGUGCCUUUUCACCUGUUCUCUCAAGAAUCACUGUGCCUUCUUUACCUGUUCUCUCAAGGAUCACUGUGCCUUUUUCACCUGUUCUCUCAGGGAUCACUGUGCCUUUUUCACCUGUUCUCUCAGGGAUCACUGUGCUUUUUUCAUCUGUUCUCUCAAGGAUCACUGUGCCUUUUUCACCUGUUCUCUCAGGGAUCCCUGUGCUCUUUUCACCUAUUAGAAUUUUUAGCUAUUUCAAAUCUUAGAGAUUGA